AUGGACGAAAUCUCACUGAAAAAAGUUAUUCUUGAUCACCAAGGUGUUUUUGCACCAAGUAGAAUAAAUCUUCUGAUCACUGUUUCCUAAAAUAUUCCUUAAAUAAGAAUAUCAAGUAAAGCUGCUGACCUCUCAAGUCAUUUGUGUUUCCAUCAAUUGUUUGUUGGCUUUAUAUCUAUAGACAUCGAUGAGUGUGUCGGAGGGUUACACUCUUGCGGCUUUGAUGCCUAUUGCCACAAUACCAAAGGGUCUUACAACUGUACAUGUAAGCCUGAGUUCACUGGGAGUGGAAGAGAAUGUAAAAGUGAGCGUCAAUUUUGGAAAUAUUGAGCAGAGGAAGAGGACUUUCUUAUUUCGAACUUUCUGAUAGAAAUUGUGAAAUGCCAGUAUAUUAUCGCUACACCCACGAAAAUAAAAUACUAAAACCAAAAACUCUGCCUUCUGACUAAAAACCGAAAUAGUACAAUAUAAACAAGAAAGCAUCUUGCAAUUAUAUCUGCUAUUCUAUUCUAUAUAUGCUAUUCUUUGUUCAUUUAUUCGUCUGUCUAUUUUUUUUAAUCAUUUUUAUUAUUUAAUUUGAAGAUAUCAACGAGUGUCUUGAAACGUUACACACCUGCAGUCCUCAUGCAUUUUUCUAUAACACCAAAGGGGCAUACAAUUGUACAUGUAAACAUGGACUUACUGGAAAUGGACGAGAAUGUAAAGGUAAACGUUGGGGUCGAAAUAUAGAGGAAAAUCAGCCAGUGAAAAGUAUAAGUAAGAAUUUUGCUACAUUAACGGUAGCACUGCCCUUCUACUAG